GUGUAAGCCUAAAUAUAGUCAUGUGUGAUCUUGUUUGAUUUGUCUUAAUAUAUAGAUUAUUAAUAUAUAAUUUCUAUAAUUUUUUAAUAUACAAAUUACAAGAUAAAAUGGAUUAAAGAAGUGCAUUGGAUGCAUACUCACCAGUCACCAACCCUUUUUUGGAACUAAACAGAAGAAAAGCGAGAUAACAGAGCCGUCCAACGCCGCCUCACCUCCGUCCAUCGCCGUCUGCGCGGACUGCGCCGCCUUAACCGCCGUCUCCUGCCGCCGAGGACAACCAUAACCCUAGACUCUAAUCCUCUAUAUUUCAAGGUCACACCUUCCACCCUAAUGGCCCCUGAUGCUUUAGAUGCUCUUGCAGUAAGGGACAAAGUUGAGAAGUUUUUGAACGCUGCCAGGACAGGGAACAUUGAUCUUUUCAAGAAAUUGGGUUUGCAGAUCGGCGAUGGGAAGGGGUUGGCACAGACGGCAAUGGAUGUUUUGGAUGCAAACAAGCGUGGGGCUCUGCAUUUUGCUGCGAGGGAGGGCCAGACUGAUAUGUGCAGGUACUUGGUUGAGGAGUUGAUGCUUGAUGUUAACACCAAGGAUGAAGAUGGGGAAACACCUCUUGUCCAUGCUGCUAUGCAGGGUCACACUGCCACUGCCAAUUACCUCUUACAAAAGGGAGCUGAACCCACAAUUGCUAGUGAGAUGGGAAUUACGGCGUUGCAUCACGCUGCAGGAUUAGGGGACAUUGAGCUGAUGAAAUCAUUUCUUUCCAAAGGUGUAAGUGUUGAUUUGCAAAGCCAUGCUGGUCCACCUCUUUUGUGGGCUGCAGGUAACAGCCAAGAAGACUCUGUGAAGCUGUUGCUGGAGCAGAAUGCGAAUCCGAAUGCUGAGAGUGAUGAUGGUGUCACUCCUUUGCUUGGUGCUGUUGCCGCAGGUUCAUUGAGGUGUGUAGAACUGCUAGUGAAUGCUGGUGCCAAUGUGAAUAUAAGCGCGGGUGGAUCAACACCUUUACACAUUGCUGCUUAUAAUGGUAGUCCGGGUAUGGUCAAGACAUUGUUAGAAGCAGGAGGUGAUCCCAAUGCUGUUGAUGAGGAGGGGUUGAAGCCAAUUCAGGUUGCUGCUGGUGUGGGUAAUCGCGAGGUCGUUACCCUUCUUUUCCCCGUGACACCACAGAUUCAAGGGGUGCCAGAAUGGAGUGUUGAUGGACUAAUUGAAUACAUGAAGUCUCAAGCCAAGAAAUCUCAGGAAAAAGCUCCGAAUGAACCAAACAAGCCCAUAGAGCCAACCCUUCCCAAGAAAAAUUUACCUGAGGUGUCCCCUGAGGCUAAAAAGAAGGCGUCUGAAGCAAAGGCUAACGGGCAGGAUUCUUUUGGGAGAAAGGACUAUGCAACGGCUGUGGAUGCUUAUACACAGGCUAUUGAUUUUGACCCAACUGAUGCAACACUGCUUUCCAAUAGAAGUCUUUGUUGGCUCCGGUUGGGUCAAGCUGCGCAAGCCUUGGCAGAUGCCAAAGCGUGCAGAGAACUCAGACCAGAUUGGCCAAAAGCUUGCUAUAGGGAAGGUGCUGCUCUGCGCCUAAUGCAGAAGUUUGAAGAUGCUGCACAUGCCUUCUAUGAUGGUGUGAGGCUUGACCCAGAAAACAUGGAGCUUGUAGCAGCUUUCAGAGAAGCUGUUGAAGCUGGCAAGAGGUGUCAUGAUGCCACAAGUAAGGUGAGUUCUGAUCUCUAGAGCUGAAAAUGCGCAGUGAUGCUUUUAACAUCUCCUAUUGAGACGUGGGCUUCAGUUUGUAUUCAUGAUUUUGAAUUAUUUUAUGGAUUUACUUCUUAUGAUGCAUUUGGUGAUUUUAUAUCUUCUAUGGCAACAAAGGUUUGUUAACUGUUGCUGUUAGCACAUUACAAAGAGCAUGCUUAUGUUUCUGGUCUAUGGAUCGAUAGAACUCUGAAUUACUUGUGCAAACACAUUAUGAUGAUGAAAAUUAAUUUGAUUAUCCAUUGUGGCAAUUAAUAAUCUUAGAAGUAUAGU